GUGAAACGGAGGCUGGAUCUGGAAACUGACCAUCAGUAUCUGGCUGGGAGCAGUGGGCCGUUCCGGGGCAGAGGCCGCCACCCAGGCAAAGGUGUGAAAUCUCCAGGGGAGAAGUCACGAUAUGAGACAUCGUUAAAUCUGACCACCAAACGCUUCUUGGAGCUGCUGAGCCGCUCAGCUGAUGGGGUUGUUGACCUGAACUGGGCGGCUGAGGUGCUCAAAGUGCAGAAACGGCGCAUCUAUGACAUCACCAAUGUCCUUGAGGGCAUCCAGCUCAUUGCCAAGAAGUCCAAGAAUCAUAUCCAGUGGUUAGGCAGCCGCACCAUGGUGGGGAUCAGUAAGCGGCUUGAAGGCUUGACCCGGGACCUACAGCAACUGCAGGAGAGCGAGCAGCACCUGGACCGCCUGAUGCACAUCUGUACCACACAGCUGCAGCUGCUUUCUGAGGACUCAGACAGCCAGCGCCUGGCCUAUGUGACCUGCCAGGACCUUCGUAGCAUAGCGGACCCUGCAGAACAGAUGGUCAUAGUGAUCAAGGCCCCUCCUGAGACCCAACUACAAGCUGUGGACUCUGCGGAGACAUUUCAGAUCUCUCUUAAGAGCAAACAAGGCCCCAUCGAUGUUUUCCUGUGUCCUGAGGAGAGUGCAGGGGGGAUCAGCCCUGGGAGGACCCCAUCCCAGGAGACAUCCUCUGGGGAAGACAGGACCACUGACCCUGGCACUGCAGGGCCUCCACCACCACCUCCCUCCACAUCCCCAACCUUGGAUCCCAGCCAGUCCCUGCUAGGCCUGGAGCAAGAACCAGUAUUGUCACGGAUGGGCCACCUGAGGGCCCCCAUGGAAGAAGACCAUCUGUCACCGCUGGUGGCUGCCGACUCACUCCUGGAGCAUGUUCGAGAAGACUUCUCGGGGCUCCUCCCUGGGGAGUUCAUCAGCCUUUCCCCGCCCCAAGAGGCCCUUGACUACCACUUUGGCCUUGAGGAGGGUGAAGGCAUCAGAGAUCUCUUUGACUGUGACUUUGGGGACCUGACCCCUCUGGAUUUCUGACAGAAGUCUAGGGAGCCAGGGUGUCUGGAGAUGCCCACCCUGUCUGCAGCUUUGGAGCCUCCUGCCCUGGGCCAUCCUUCCUGCCUCAUUGGAAAAGCACGACUUAUACUCUCUUCUCUGUGCAGUGGCUUCUGGGUCUGGGGUUUGGCUGCUGCCAGAUUGAGCAGAGCAAAAGGGGAAGGAUUUUGUGUGGGGUCUGUGUGUGUGUGCGCGCGCAUGCGCAAAUGUGCACCCCAUACUGCGCACUGUGUAGUUGGGAUGUAUUCUGUGUGUGUGUGUGUGUGUGUGUGUGUGUGUGUGUGUGUGUGUGUUGUGUACCGGGGAAUGAAGGUGAACACAUCUGUAUGUGUGCUGCAGACACAUCCUGCUGUGUCCACAUGUGUGCAUGAAUUCAUGUGUGCGCAUUGGGGUGGGGGUGGGGCUCUAACUGCACUUUUGGUGUCCUUGCUGCAGAGGCCUUGUGAGGCCCAGGGUGGCUGCCUGCUCCCAGAAUCCUGUGUGUCAGCCUGGCCAGGUGGGGUAGCUUGGCUGGCUGCAUUUGCAGGGCAGCAAUAGCACUGCUUAAAGGUUUCCCGAUCGAAGCUUUAAUGGAGCGUUUAUUUAUUUAUCGAGGCCUCUGGCCAGCCUGGGGAAUAAGCUAAGGGUUGGAGUGAGAUUGGGCUAAUACCCCAACUUCCUAUACUCUGAGCAAGGGCAGGGUCCCCUAGCUGUUUUGUUUUUUUUUUUUUUUU